CGGAGUAUUUGCAAUGCUCUAUAUUAUGCAGGCCAUUCCGACGUGAUAUGUAUGUUAAAUUCUAGCUGGAACAGUGCAGAUGUUGUAGCAAAUAUUAAGCCAAAGGAGAGAGACAAAGAUAUCGCUGAGAUCCAUGUCAAAACAGAACCUAAGAAGAACAUCCCUGAUGUUAACGAGACAGAUAUAAAUACUGAAAUAGAGAAGAGAAAGCCUGCUGUCCAAACGACUGGUGUCAAUAGUAAACCAGAAGAUAGUUUAGGCAAUGAAGAAGAAGGAGAGGGGCGCCCUAGUGACACGGAUGUGGAUGUCAGAAGUGAUUCUGAAGAUAUCAGUGAGUUAAUAAAGCAAACAGUGCAAGCACUUUUUCUUGACAAUGUAUGUUAUAAUGAAUUUUUACUCAUUUUAUGUCUAUGUUUCAAAAUGGGGGAUACUAUUUAAAAUACAAAAAAACCUAGACGUUUACAUUUAACUAAAAUGGAAAGUAUAUUUGCAAAUGAACACAAAUGCUAAAGUAGAUUUGGGUCCAGGAGAAUUAUUACAUUAUGCCAGACAGGGUGGCGUCAAUAGUAAGCUGGUAGCAGUUUAUUGUGAUUCGGAGGCCAGCUUUAAUAGUAAACCAGGAAAAAGUUUGCAUGUGGUUUAAUUACUCCAUGUAAACAAGCAAAUUCAAAAGAAAUUGUGGUCCCCUGCUUUCGUUGUUUUUGUAGGUGAGAUGUCAUUUUUUGUUGCAUAUUGUUAUAUUCAGGUCCUAACAUGUGCCAUUUAGACAUUAACACCAAAGCUGAAUUUACAAAAAAUAAGGUCAAUCGUGAAGGUCAAGGUCAAGGAGUCUAAAUUCAUAGCAUGCUCGGAAAUAUCUUGUCACAGGUAAUGUUCUUGUUAAUUAUGAAGGCCUUAUCUCUAUCAAAAGGGACAAGAUGUGUUUGUUUAACACUGAUGUCCCCGUAUGUCAACGUGGCAAAGAUUAAACUGUUUUAAAUACAAUUUAAAUAUAUUGUUACCCAAAGUAGUGUCUUCUCACAAGAAAUACGAUUGUGAAAUAUGAAAGCCCUACAUAUGUAGUACAACCUGUUAAAAAGUUUCAUGUAUGGCCAAGGAUAU